UUUGUUUACUUCAUUUGUUUAUUAAACAUACGGUGGAUUUGAAUUACUGGAAAUACAAAUUCGUUUAUAAUGAGAGUUCGUACAUCAGAAAAACGUAAAGCAUCAUCAGUAAACAAAAAGAAAUACAAAGUGGCUGCGUCUACAACACAAGAGAACACAAAGCUUAACGCAGACACACGGAAAAAAGUGUUUUACACUAUAGCAGUAUUAUGUUUAGCUGCAGGGAUUGGAAUGCUACAUAUGUAUCAUGUGUCCACGAUUUUUGAAAAUGACACUCAUUUCUCCCACUUAGCUACAGUUGAACGUGAAAUGGUAUUCAGGACAGAGAUGGGCUUAUAUUAUUCCUAUUACAAGACUCUAAUUGAAGCUUCAGAUUUAACAGAAGGCAUGUACAAGAUAACCCAUGACAACUUAACAGAAUAUCCUUCCACCAUCAAUACUGUUCAACGUUUCACUUUGUAUCCUGAGAUUUUUGUGGCAGGAUUUUAUCGGUUAUAUAUGAGUGUGAUGGAGUACAUGGAGUUGCCCACUAAACAGUGCUGGAGGGUCGAAAGAGGUCAAAAUCUUCUUCCCGUGAUGAGUUGUGAAGGUCUCGGAGACCCUAUGUUUUUCUACGUCCACAUAGUUUGGCUUAUGUCUGGGAUGACCACAAUGGUGAUGUUUGCAUAUGGAACAUUUAUCAGUGAAUCAGUGGCGGGUGGAUUUUUAUCAGUCUUGUGCUUUUUCUUUAACCAUGGAGAGUGUACACGAGUCCAGUUUGCUCCUCCGUUGCGUGAGAGCUUUGCAUACCCGUUGUUUUUGUGGCACAUGUUCACAGUGACUGCUUACUUGACAUUCCUGGUGGGGAAAGAAAAUCACCAGGUCAACACUGAGAAUAAAGAUUUACUCAAAAAACUGUUCAAGGGGUCGAGUAUUCUUUUGAUAGUUUGGAUGUGCGGAUGCACUGUCGCUCCUCUCGUCACGUGGCAGUUUUCACAGUUUGUACUUGCAAUAGAGGCAGCUGCAGUUUUUGCCAUGUAUGCUCUUAGGGUUGUCAACAAGUACACACUUGUGGUUAUCAUGUUGGGACAGGGGGUUGGUGUCACUGUAGCAAUUCUGGCAUUGUACGGCAACGUGAUGCUCAUUUGUUCCGUGUACACAUGCCUGUUGAUUUGCGUGCUUGUGUUUGUGCUCAUACUGGAACCAAUAUUUAUGCGUGCCUUAAACCCCAGCAUCAGACCCUUUCUAGCCAUGGCUCUGGUGGUAUCUUUGACUGUUGGGUUCAAAAUUGUGGUUUCUCAGUGGUUGGACAACCAAGAUGAUGGACAUAUUCUAAACCUUUUGUUGUCUAAGUUUACGGAUUACAAAGAUUUCCACACCCUUUUAUACACGUGCUCAGAGGAAUUUGACUUUCUCCCAGCAAUGACAUUACACAAAAUGACCUCAACACUGCUCAUUCCUUCUGUGAUUGUUAGCCUUUUGCUGGUGAAUGUUUAUUGGCUUCGUACGUUUUUGGACUUGGACGUGAGCUGGAAUGGAAAACGUAAAAAAAGCAGCACAUUCCCUGCAAUUUUGUUCAAUACAAUAAUGCUGGUUCCAUUCACUGUGAUGGCAGUGUUGAUGAUGAGGUUGAAACUUUUUUUUUCCCCUCAUCUCUGUGUUAUGACAGCUCUACUUGCUUCCAGAAAAUGUUUUUGGUUUUUAAACCGGCAAGAAAUUCACUGGACAUUGAUAGCUCUAUUGAUCAGUGGAAUGAGCAUAACUGGAUUGAAGAACCUAAAUGAACAACAUUCUAUAGUUGGGGAGUACAGCAAUGUUGAACUUGAGGAACUUCUCCUCUGGGUUAACAGCACCACUAGUAGGACAGCCGUGUUUGCCGGUCCAAUGUCUGUGAUGGCUAACUUGAUGUUAUCCACUCGCCGACCAGUUGUCAACCAUCCUCAUUAUGAAAGUGCUGAUUUGAGGAGGAGAACCUUAAAGGUGUAUUCAACGUUUAGUCGAAAAAGAGCAGAAGAAGUUUACACAAUUCUGGCCAGUAUGCAAGUUAACUAUGUGGUUUUAGAAGAUUCAUGGUGUUUUCGAAGACCUGGGAUAGGUUGUAGCCUAGUGGAUCUUUGGGAUACUGAGGACCCAGAUAACAGACACAGACCUCCUCUCUGCCCAUCUUUAGUCUUGAAGGAUGCUGCUCCAUUCCAGAAGGUGUUCAUAAAUGACAUGUACGUAGUUCUUCAUCUGGGCGCACAGUAUGUUGAGCUCACCAUGCGGGAGUACAAGAUAUGACAUCACAGGCUGUCAUGGUGAACAAGCGAUUUUUGAUGUAUUGCAAACAGAACCACCAUUUGUUAGUGGAAUUUCUCAACCAUAAUGUUUGCUUGAGUUAUUCAAGUGCCGGCAUAAUGGUUGAACACAGUCAUCUGUGUAUUAGUGUUUGUGUAUAACUGCAUACUGACUUUACUCAGAAUUCUAAUACUGCUGAAUCUGUAGUGAAGUUUGCAAACUACGAGAUAUUACAGGGCCAAGAAACUUGGUGUAUUGUUGUGUGAAGUGUUUUUUUAUAUUCCCAUUGUCAAUCAAUGCUGUUGCAGAGCAGUAUGGAACUGUGUGUUUGAAAGCCUUAUGUUAAAAAUUACUAGGUUUAUAGUUUCAUGAGAUCUGAAACAAAUGUAAGUGCUUUAGUAACAUUUAUGAUGCAUAUUUUGAUGGUAUUGUAAUUUCCUAGUGAUGGUUAUAUUAUAGACAUUUAUUGGCUUCCUACAUUUUGUGUAUGAACAGUGGGUUGAUGAAGCUGUGCCACUUUGUGUUUGUAUUUAUUCUGUGAACAAACGUCGCACAAAGUCAGAUGGUAGCUACCCAGCUGGCCUAUUAUGCAUGCUGGAGGACGGCUUCUUGGGCAUGAUUUUGUUGUGUGCUUACAAUUUGACUCCACGGACUGGAUGGAAUUUUUAAAAAAAGCAUUCUUCUAUAGACUUCAUCAUUGUGUACAGGUUAAGAUAAGAGUUAGGAUGUUCUGACUAUCCGAUGAGGUUAGAUAGCGGGGGUUGUGUAGGCUUCCACAGGAUCACGAGUUCUCCUGGUGAUUCAGGGAUACCAGAGUAAGGAGAGACCGCGUUAGCACCACUUGCACUAAGGUGUAGGGCUUGGACCCAUGAUGUACUAACUGGGUUGCUAAUAUGUUUUCUGCAUUGGAGCAAAAAGUCCUAAGCCAUGGGUGGCCAACUUUUUAAAUUACAAGAGCUUAUUUCAAACAUUAAAAAAUAUAGCGGGCCAAUUUGUAACGUGUGUGAUAUUUUUAGUAUCAACAACAAACAUUUGAGUUUGUUAUAGACGAUAAGUACAAGCAACUGAGUAUUAUUAUAUCAGUUAAAUAACACCUCUUAUCUAUAGCAAUUUAGAUAAAAUGUAUUUAGCUAGGCAGUCAAGUAGUGCUUUGUGGUUGGUGUGACAGGCCAAUGUCCAUGCCAUGUUGUGCCAAAAAUGACCCCCGGGCCAUGGAUUGUCCAUCACUGGCCUAAGCUCAAUCAAAUGAUCAAAUUAGGUCUUAAAUGGAGAAGGAGCUGUUGGGCACCUCAUGUAGGGAAGGUGUAGGGCAGAAGAAAAUUCUUACACCUAGUUUGAGUUACGAUGAGCCUUAAGGUGAGAGGAAGUGGACAUGCAGAAAAACAGUCGCACAGUUUUGUUGACAAAAUGACAUUAUAAAUGGCUCUACUGUCCCUGAACAAAUUUUUUUAUAAUUCCAUAAUGCAACUCUCACUUAUGACGAAUUUUAUAUUGUAUUGAACUCACGUAUACUAUACUAAAUGACACAUGCAUUGGCUAUACACUGCUUGAAUGAUAAUGUUUGGUCUUCACAAUAAUGCAGUUGCAGACAUUUCUCUUUACACUUCUGUUAACAAAUUUUAUCUACAACCAAUUUAAUUUCCAUAUUUAUUUGUUUUUGAGCAGGAUAAAAAAUAAAACAAUUUAAAUACAAACUAAAGUACAAUAAAAAGUCUUUUAUCUAGCACAUUCGGGACCACAACCAUGCCGUAUUAGAAAUUUUUUCGGAUUGAAAAGUUGUCUUAUACCAAGCUUUACCCCAACAACUUUUAUUGAAAAGUUGUCUUAUACCAAGCUUUACCCCAACAACUUUUCAUUAACCAUGUAUGCGAGAAAACUUUUUUUUUGAGACUCACAUUGCUUCUAUUGCUCUGAAUUGUUUUGUUGUCCGACAAAAGUCACUAGGUGUAAUUAUCGUAUUUACUUGCAUAGGCAAUGCCCUUAAAUAAGCCUUGCACCCCUAAUAUUAAGACCAUAACCAAAAAUAUUGAUAAUUUAGAAUUGGCCUUCCACCAAACUUUUUAAAACAUAACUUGUGACCAUAUUUCAAGUUUCUAUUAUAUGUUUAUUCUGGACUUAAGGAAUAAUAAGAAUGAUAAAUUUUCUAAGGUCUUGUGUUAAACUAAUAGCAUUUUCAAUACCAGUGUUCACAUCUGCCAGUUGCUUUUUUCAUUACCCUUUAUUUUUGCUACAAGAAUAUUAUUAAUGUAUCUGUAGCCUCCUUAGAACCAUGGUUCUAGGAAAUUACAUUGCGUGCACACAAAAAACACUCAUAGCAGCCUCGUGCUAGAACGAGGAUGCAGAGGGUUUAAUAGUUUAGUAUUGACUGUAGUUACAGCAUAGAAAAGUACAGAUCGUAGUGUGUAGGACAACAUUCGUGGCAGGAAAUUAUAAACAAAAUUCCAAUUACUGUUUUAUUCAAAAGCACUAGGCCUAAAAAGGCUCGCAUUAAGACUCACAAAUGCAGGUACGACUGCUCAUACAAAUACUCUAUCAGGCAAAGAAAAUAAGCAUCAACAGACAGCAUAAGAGUAGAAAAUACAGUAAUGAAAAAAAAAUUAUUACAUAUCACCAAUACCACUGAGCAAAAAAAAAAGCUAGACGCUACACUGAGCGUAUCUUAACCAGUUGCGUGUUUACACCAAUCGAUCAACCUCAGUUACAAAGAAAAUUUGGUGGUGCACAAUAUAACCUUGAGACACACAUGUCUACCAAAUAACGCCACCACCGGGCAACGUGUGUAACAAACAAAACAAAGAUUAAAUGAAUGCAUAUACUAAACUAUACAUGAGCCCGUGAGCAAGAACACCGUGUGGAGAAAAGACGGCCAAUACAUAGUCUUAAACUAUCCAAGUCACGUGCGUAAAACAGACGUCACGUCCCUGGGGAAACCAAGCCAAAUUAAAGGAAUCACGUCCACAAACAAACCCGGGCUGAAGGCUCACACAUGCAGUGAGAAAAUCCGGGCACUGCAAGAAAAAAACGUGCUUUACACUGGAAGUGUCCCAUACAACACAAAGAAAAAUUGCCCACAACAGGCAAAAAGCAUCCAAGUUAUGACACCGGGCACAGCUUUUUCGCAAUUACACAUUUAACGACGAAGUUUGUUCAUCGUGAAAUUGAACAUAGAAUUUAAUAAAAAUGCCCUUGCAUUUAAUAAAAUAAGUAUUAGUAAGUUUAAGAAAGAAUUUCGGCUUUAAUCUCUAACCCAGACGCUCGUGGUGCGCUGGGGCCGAGAUUAAAAUUAGUCGAGAAUAUUUUACGUUUUUAUGUCUUCCAGUGCUCAAAAUGAUAUGCAAUUGUGGCCCCGGGCACAAAAUUUUAUUUAUAAUUCAUUAAUAAUAACGCCCCUCGCGAUAAACAAAGGAAAAUAUGUCUUAACGAGUGCCUGGUUGUCGCGGAAGCCGAUAGAUAGCGCGAUUUGUUCGGUUUGCGUCCGUCACCGUAGAUGGCAGCACCGAAGGGGAAUUAUAUUAUUUUGUUUUUAUAAUACGGUUUUAUAACAAAUACGCAUCCCAAUUACACCAAACUUAUUUAUAAUGUGUUACAAUAUUUUUUUUUAACAUUGUGCAAAAGAUCCCAGGUGUAAUUUGAAUAAUUAUGUGUAACUGUAAAACACCAUUGUUCGUACAAAAACGUAUUUGAAAAUUCAACAUUACUUUUAAAUAACCGUACCGAUUGUGCUGAAAAUCGGUGGACGAUCGUUAAACUACAAAAUAUUAAUAAUUCAAACGACGAAAACAUGAUUGAAAAGUCAAAUCAAUGGUUGUUCCAAUCGAGUGGAAGAGAGAUAGAUGCGGCGCAAGCGUACAAUGAGCAUAACGGGACACAUUGUAGUGGGACAAUGUGCGUUACGGGACACUUUUUCGUGUGUGCAGCCGGCGUUCAUCGAUUUAUUAGACGUCACGUCAAAAUUAAAUUCAACUAUUGUUUAUUUUAAUUACACAUAGAGCUCUUUAAAUAAACUAUAGAAACUAAAUCUUAAAAAAAGUAAGAUUUAACAUUUUUUAAUAAAUUUUUGGAAAAUUAUUAUUGCAUUGGCAAUAUCAGUUUAAAUAGUUCAGUAUUUCCUCUUUAAGAAAGAUAUUUUUGUAUAUCUCGAUAACUUAAAUCUUGGUGGCUCAGUGUUCAAUCAAAUACCAUGACGAUUUAUAAAAAUCAUGAAUCAUGGCCUUAAAAGCUGUACUUUACAAUAUUUGUAUGUAGGAAAUAUUAUUAUUUUUUUUUUUAAUAUUUGGUAGUCAAAGUUUUUUGGCUUUAAUUUAGAUUAAAAGGAUUGCUAAACAUUUGAAUUGUAGACUCUUACAAAUAGGGCACUCUCAUUCAAAAUGUUUCAUUUUUGAAUAUUUUGUAAUUGCUAACCAAAAUGAUGUAUGUGAAUUUAUGACUCCAAUUAAAUGAAUAUUGUGGUAAUUAUUUUAUGAAAAUAAUUUUUAUUCAUAGAAGAAUUAAAUGUUUUGAGGUAUGGUUAGGGACAUGUAUAUUAUGCGAAAAAAUCUGAGCACUCAUUAGACCAGCAAAUUCUUGUGAUUGGCGGCGGUCUGCAAAAGAAGUAAUUACCUAAUUUGGCUGGUCCAUUGAGGGUGCAUUUGCUUCUGCACAGAGUUGCUGUGAUUCAUGUGCCAACAGUAUACAUGUACCUGAAAGAAACUCAACCAAUCACAAAACACUAAGACUGUGUGAAUAUCAGGGUUUUUUUUUUAGUUCAAAUCGAAUGUGAAUACAAAUAUGAUAUUCGAAUGGUAAGAAUUAGAAUCCCACAAAAAAAAGCUUUCACUUUAACAAAUACAUAUUGAAAGAAAAAGUAAAUAUGUAGUGGCUUCUGGGAAAUUAGAUAAAUAAUUAUAAAGUGAAAGGUUGGUUAGUUUAAGUCAGCUACUAUUACUAUAGAUAAAAUUUUGUUGAAAUGUUCCAAUUAUGAAAGGAAAAUAUAAAUAAUUUUUGUUUUUAAUUUUGAUCAAAAAAGGUUCUGCAAAAAAAAAUAUUUUAAUUAACAGUGUAAAGCAAAUAUGUAAGGCAAUUGCAGUGUGUGAAUAAACUUCAAGAAUGUGGGUUUAAAAAGAAUGUACAGUGAGCAGUUUUAAUGUAUGGUUAAAUAUAAUGUAGGUCUAAAAAAAAUUUAAAACUUGUUUGUUUGAAUUUUUCACUGUGUAAAAAUAAAUCAUUUUUAUAUUAACAUUUAUUGAUAAUAUUUUUUUACUUGUAACUAAAGUGUAGUAAAACAGUAGCUUCUUAGAAUGUUCCUCUUUUGAGUAUGCAACCAGGUGUUUUCCAUGAGAUCUGUACAAGUUUUUUCUCUUCGCCGUCCCGUUCUGAACUAAUCACAGAGCUGGCAUGCCGUAUUUCUACCCUCUGAUCUGAAAACUGUCAACUUUAACACCCGCACAGUGUUUUGAUUUUUUACCGACACAUAUUUAUUUAUCCUUAUCAGUAUGCUGUCAGUUCUAAUCUAUUUUUAACGACCUGCCAGAUUCUCUUCUCCGUAAAAUACUUUACCUUAUAACGUGGAUGUUGGUAAUGGUUCCGAAUUACUGUCUUAAAUUGGGCUUUACUAUCUUAGUCUUCUCAAAAUUUAAGUGGCCAGAUGUAGCAAAAUUCUCAACAUAAUUAACCCUGAAACAUUACGAAUAUCCUUUGGAAAUUUUGUCCCGACGAGAAAAUCUUCUGUGAUCCCAAAAUUUUUCCAUACUUUCAAGAUCACGCAGAGCCGUAUUCUUAAACGACUGAAUAUUUGCUUUUUCGAAGUUUUAGUAUUCAAAAUCAAUUCAAAUACCAAUAAUAAACUAUUCAUUUUCAUAUUCAAAUAUUCGCACAAGCCUACAAAAAACAGAUGAUGAUGCUACGUUGUUUUGGCUGGCAAACAGUCCCAAGAUAUUUUGGCAAAAUACACAUGACCCUAGAUAUGUUGUAUUCAAUUUUAAAUAUAUAGCAAAAAUUUAGGUUCAGAAUUUAAAAUAUAUUUUUCUUUAAAAAAUGGAGAUUUAACUAUGAUAAUAUACCUCUAUCUUAAUUAUUUUAAUGUUUGUGGUUAAGGCAUCUACAUAAUUUUUUUUUUUAAUUGUGCACCCAAUAGUUGGUUGGUGUAUUAAAACACAGUGGUUUUACAAUAUGUACAGCCCUCCAAAAACUUUAAAAGCAUAACCAGACAUAAAAUAAAUGUAAGACUUAAUUAGCAUUUUCCUAUUUGAUUUUCUGUAGAAUUAUAUCUGUAUUAGACUAUCAACAUAAGUCUCUAAAAUUAUGAUGGAGUUUUAAUACAAACAAGGAAGUGCAUUUGAAGCAGCUGUGAUAAGAUUUUUAUAAACAAAGCCAUUGCUUCAUAGUAAUUAAAAUCUAUGUUUUGCCAUAUGGUGACAGGAAUGAGGUGCUUAGGCUUUCUGCCUGUUUUUAGAUAUAACUUGAAAACAAAUCUUUCUUAAUGAUGUCAAUUUAAGUUGGUACUAAAUUUAAUUAAUUUUUUGUACGGAGUAAAGUUGAGAGUACUGAAACAGUUUUGGAGCCUUAUUGUAAUUUUAGAUUCCUUUUCUGUACAUAGUGAAAAGUUAGUACUGAAACAUUUUCAGAGUUCAUUUUAAUUUUAUAUUUUAUUGAAUAUUAAGAUAUACUACACAUUUUCUUAUUUUGUGCCAGGUAGUUUCAUUCUUUACCAAAGUGUAUGUUUGUAAAUGAUAAUAAUUAGUGUUAGAAGUUUUCUGCUCUAUGUUUGUGUUUGAAUGUUAAUGUUGAAUUUAUUUAAAAUAAUAUAUUUAAUUAAAUAUAUAUAUAUAUAUUAGUGUUCUAUGAGUGUGUUUUAGUUUUUUUUUUGUCUUACUGCAGCUGUUAGUUUUUUUUUUCAUUUACUUUAGUUACUUAUUUAUUUAUUUCCUGUUAAUAUUUUACUAAUAACUGUGUUCCUGUGAUCAUUAUAAAUGCUACUUAUUUGUUUGUUUAUCCUGAUGAUUUAGGGAUUGAAUGAUGUUACACUAACUUCUCCAUAUUCAGAAUCCAUGUUUAUUUUGUGUCUGUCUGGAAAAGGCAUGUAGAUGUCACGAGGCACAUCCAGAAAAUAAUUUUCAACUGCUCUUACCUGUCGUACACUGGCAGUGGAAAGACAUGUUCAUAUUUAGAAUCUCUAAGGCCAGGGCCACACAAGCGAGUUUUGACAAUCACACUUAAGCUACUAAAGUCAAGGCUGCAAUUCUCACUCAUAGGGUGUUGGACGGCAGCAGUUUUUGUAGCUCAAAUGGGGCAGCGGAAACAGUUUUUUGCCCGUUGUACAUGCGGCAGUUAUUUCCCAGUUUAAAAUAGGAAAACACUACAAAUGUUUUUUCAACGGAUGUCUAAUAUAAAUUAACUGCACGCUUGAUAUUCUGGUUAUUAUGUAUGUAUGUCUGUGGUGUGCAAUAAGCAUACAGAAUUCUAGCGGUCAGUCUGUAAUUGACAGUGCCAGUUGAUAAACGUAUAUUAUAGCAUAUCAAAAAAUAACUUUUCACUGUAAAAAUAGGUUUCAAUAACUUAAACAAAAUAUAAUUUUUGUGUCUCAUUAGCUUUGUCUCAAAAUAAUAACGGGAAAAAUUAUAGGUAAAAUUUAAAGAUGUAAUGUAGCGAUGGUUCUCUCGGGAAGAUUAAAUAUUUUUGGGAGAGGGCAAGUGUGAGUGUAAUUCACAUUGAAAAAAUUUGCUAGUGUGCAAAAAAUUGUGAAUCAAGUUAUGCAAAAACAGUCCAACCCUCAUAAAUUAAAAAAAAAUUAAAGUGUAUCUUUUUCUGGGUGACUAAACAUUGAUUCCAUAAUGAUAAAUUAUUGUUCUUUGGCUAACUUAUGAAAUUGUUCUGAAUAAUUUUUGUUGCUAGUUAUCUGAGGUUUGAACAUACAUGGCUUGGAUGGCUUCACCAUUACACCACUCAGUUAAUUGUACUAUACUUUAAACAUUUAUGCAGUGAACCAAGAGUGCCCUAAAAUCUACUAUUUUUUGGAAUUAAUCAAGAAAUUUACAUGGUAGUUUCUCAAGGUAUUAAGCGCUUUUAAAAAAACAUUAGAACAUUAUAUAAAAAUAUACAUGUAUAGGAUUAGGAAACUAUCCAAUUGAUUUACAUCUUCAGCUUGCUUAGUCUAGAUUUUUCACUACACAGUAAUGUGCAUCUUUGGUUAGUUACCAAGUGGGAAGACCUGAAAAGACUAUUUUGGCGGACCGGCUUUUUAAAUAUUGCCCAUGUUUCAUGGGACAGAUGACUAGUCCCAUGAAAAUAAUAGACCCUGGCAGGUGAUAAAAACCGCUUGUCUUAACUUCAUGUCUGUGGUUUCUAUUUCUUCAGUAAUAAGAAUUACAAAUCCACAGUGGUAAAAUUUGCUCGUGUGGCUCUAGCCGAAGAGUCUGUUAUGUUUAAAACACUCCAUUGGUCUGCAUGUCAUUAAACAUGGUCACACAGGUUUCUGACUGCAUCUUUUAUAUUGUGUUUAAUUACUUGACAUUCCUAAGCCAAGCAUGAAACCAUUACAGUUAUUUUUUUGUCUGGUAUCAUGUAGCAAACUCACUUUUAUUCUUGUCAAAAUAUAACACUAUUUAGUUUUGCAGGGGCAAAAUCAGAACAUUCAGCAUAAAAUCUGCUAUUGCAAUAAAUAAAUGUAUGGUAAUGUACUCUGUAUCACAAUUUUCUCCUUUCCUUCUUUUAAAAUCUAUGUUUGUUUAUCCCCAUACUUUUACAUUCAGUUAGUAAACUUCACAAUGUGUAGCUUAAAUCUUUUUUGGUCAAAAAUUUCUUGUGACCAUGUUAAACAACUAACAGGUAAAUGGAAUUUUUAAAACAUGAUAACCAGUGCUUAUUUACCAUAAGUAUGAUUACACAUUUACUUAAAGAUAAAGUACUUAAUUCUUGAGUGAAUGAUCAUAAAGAAGCAUAAAUAUAGCUUGACAUUGCAGGGUGUGAGGAAAGUAUCUACAGAUGUUACUUGAUCUCUGUAUGUAUAUAUUUUUCCUGUAUAUUGUCAUUAAUGUCAUAAGAAACAUCUGUUAACUUUAAUAACGUAUAAAUGUGUUUGUGUCACUGAAAGGGAAAUUUGUAACAAGUUGUGAUGAAAGAAUUUAGUGUUCAUGUUUUUAUUUUAAACAAGAGAUGUGACUUGCUCAAAGAGGUGCAUUGUGGAAAUGACAUAUUAACAAGGAUGAAAUUUUUAUGGACAGUGUAAAAGCUGUAAAGCUGAGGAAAAUAUUGAGGCAUGACACUAUGAUUGUUAAAAACUGCAUUACAUGUUAACUGUUUUUUAUCAUCUGAAGAUGUCUUUCUAGGCUGACAUUACUAAAUGUAUUUUUUUAGAUGUUGGAACAUCAUGUUGCAUAUAUGUAUAUCUAGGGGAUUGUUUUAUUUAAAUUACAUAUUUUCAUGAUUCUGUACACACAUAUAUAGUAAAUUAUAUUUUAUUCAUGGUGAUCAAUAUUUCAAUAUGUAGUACUUCUGAUGAAUAUGUUAACAUAAAAAAACAACAGAACAAAUUUUAUGUUAACAGGAUAAGCAAAUUAAUGUUAUUUGAAUCUGCUGCACAAAAUUUUAGUUAUUAUUUUGCUGAAGGUUUGACUGGAAUUCAUUGUACCUAUAUUUCAUUAAUUUUGAUCAAUGAAUCACUGGUAAUUUGACACACCGUAGACAUAUUAAAAUUAUACAAUAUAAUCCAUUCCAAACCAGGCAGAUGGUAAAAAGUGAAAUUAGCCUGUGAACAAUUGAUACUGAAUUGUUUUUGUACAAUUUUGUGCAGUUUAACCUGGUGCCACAAAGUAAAGUAAAUUUUAAGGGUAUCUAAGUAGUUAAACGUUGUGUAUGAUAAAACCCCUGGUAGUACAAAAUACAUUUCUGACAACUAUUAAAGUAUUUUUUUUUUGCUUUGAAA